AUGUCGAAGCGCGACAUUGUCCUCACCAAUGUCACCGUCGUCCAGCUGCUGCGACAGCCAUGCCCGGGUGAGGGAGGCAGCGGAGCGAUCCCGGGGAAAGGAAGAAAGUGUGGUGUGGGGGGACACGCCGCCCCCGCACAGGGUCCUCGUCAGUCCCGAGUACCUCCUUCCAAAGGAGUGCGCUCGGGGAAGGCAGGAGGCACAGGAGCGGGUCCGCACCUGCCGGACUGGGCUCUUCCAUCCAGGAACCGCCUCACUCCCUCCUCCCGCCUCGCCUUGCUCACCUCCAGCAAAGUGGUUUUUACCGCGAUGCAAGGGCACCCGCAGCCUGCCAGGGCCGUGUUAAUCGUGGGCGUGCGCUCACUGAAGCCUCGCAACCAGCCCGGCCUCACCCAGCCAGAGCUGCGCGCGCGCGCACAUAUUCCACCCAGACCAAGCCAGGAAGGCAACCUCGGUUCCCUGGCUGUUGCCUCACUUCCCAGGGCUGGGGAGCCAGCCGGGAAGCCUCCGUACCACAGGGUAACCAGAGCACCGCCCCCACCUGAGCCCAAGGUUGAGGCAGAGCCAGAACCUCAGCCUGAGCCCAAGCCCACACCGGAGCCAGUCACGGAUGUACGAGCUGAGCCACCGCCGCCGCCGCCACCACCACCUAAGAAGCCUUCUGCGGCCCGGGAGUUGACUGUUGGCAUCAAUGGAUUUGGACGUAUUGGUCGCCUGGUGCUGCGCGCCUGCAUGGAGAAGGGCAUUAAGGUGGUGGCGGUGAACGACCCGUUCAUUGACCCAGAAUACAUGGUGUACAUGUUCAAGUAUGACUCCACCCAUGGCAGAUACAAGGGGAACGUGGAGUGCAGGAACGGACGGCUGGUUGUGGAUGACCAAGAGAUCAGUGUUUUCCAGUGCAAGGAGCCCAAAGAAAUCCCCUGGAAGGCCGUUGGGAGCCCCUUUGUGGUGGAGUCCACAGGCGUGUACCUCUCCAUAGAAGCGGCUUCGGCCCACAUCACGGCAGGUGCCCAGCGUGUGGUCAUCAGCGCACCCUCACCGGACGCACCCAUGUUCGUCAUGGGUGUGAACGAAAAGGAGUAUAACCCUGGCACCAUGAACAUCGUCAGCAAUGCAUCCUGUACCACCAACUGCCUGGCCCCCCUGGCCAAGGUCAUCCAUGAGCAAUUUGGGAUCGUGGAAGGACUGAUGACCACAGUCCAUUCCUACACGGCCACCCAGAAGACUGUGGACGGGCCAUCAAAGAAGGCCUGGCGAGACGGACGGGGUGCUCACCAGAACAUCAUCCCAGCUGCCACAGGGGCUGCCAAGGCCGUAGGCAAAGUCAUCCCAGAGCUCAAAGGGAAGCUGACGGGAAUGGCAUUCCGGGUGCCCACCCCGGAUGUGUCUGUCGUGGACCUGACCUGCCGCCUGGCCCGGCCUGCCACAUACUCGGACAUCAAGAAUGCCAUAAAAGCGGCGGCCAAGGGGCCCAUGGCUGGCAUCCUCGCCUACACCGAGGAUGAGGUGGUCUCCUCGGACUUCACCACCGACCCCCACUCCUCCAUCUUCGAUGCCAAGGCCGGCAUAGCUCUCAACGACAACUUUGUGAAGCUCAUUUCCUGGUAUGACAACGAGUACGGCUACAGUCACCGGGUGGUCGACCUCCUGCGCUACAUGUUCAGCCGAGAGAAGUGAAGGGCAAGACCGCCCGCCAGCCCGCCUCGCUUCAUGGGUUUCACCCGAAACUCCCAUCCCCGCACGCGGCUUCCCCGAGGAGGGGCACCAGACGUGAGGGCCCUGCGCCGC